AUGAACACAAAACUUCUCGUCAUUCUGGUAGUUGUCAAUGGUGCGAUCUCUCAUCCAUUCACGGAUGAUGCUGAUGAAAAACUGAAUAUUGCUUUUCUUACCGAACAAGCCAACAAAUUCCACACAAUUGCUAAUGCCGAAGUAAAGCUUGAUUGUGUGGCGCAACGCGAAAAGGCCAAGAGCAAGUCGCCGACAAACUUUUUGCCGACCUGCCAGAAUAAGAAUCCGGCACUUUAUGCCAAAACACAGUGCCACCAGGAUUCGCGGGUUUGCUGGUGUGUGGAUGAAUUGAGUGGAGAGCCAUUUUCAGAUUGCAAAGGACGACGACGGGCUAAAUUUUAUUCACGUGUUCUGAAUUCGUUGAAAACGGAGAUGAUAAUGAGUGGAGGAUCGGGCAACGUCACUGAUGAGCGGGUACUACAGUGGAAGUUCGAUGCCCUUGACAAAAAUAAGAAUAAAAAUAUUGAACGCCGUGAAUGGAAGCCCUAUAAAGAGUUGUUGAGAGGGUGGCGAAAGGUGAAGACGUGUUCACGCAAUUUCUUCCGCUUCUGUGACUUGGAUGGAAAUCGGCGGGUGACGCUGGAUGAAUGGAAAGAAUGCACUGAGCAAGCUCUCGCCGAGGUCGACCCAAAGCAUACCAAUCCCUUUUUGCACAUUCUGAAGCCUGACUUG